GGUGACAAAUGCAUUCGUUGGCAAAAUAGCUGCUCGCGCUUUAUUGUCGAAUCAUAACAGUGCAGAAGGAUGUUUUGAUAUAUCUUUUCGCCUUUCUUUCCAAGCAAAAUGUACUUCUGUUUGGCUCCCAUCGGCGGGGAAAAGAGUACUAUCAGCUUACGGCGAUGGUGACAAAAAAUAACGCUGAUUGUGGCUCUACUGAUUUCGCUCAGGAAGGAGGAGAAUGCUGUGCAUAUACCGGGAAGGAGAUCCGGAAAGGGCCGUUACAAGUUAUUGGCUAAAGCAAAAGGAGCGAGUUGACAUUGAAAUCAUAACCACACACCCAAACAAAAAGUAAAUAAUUCUGAAAGUUACGUCUCGCUACUCGUCUCACGUCAUGUCCUGAAAGUGUCAAGAACGAAACACCUAUAGUCCAUUAUCUUGCGUUGGAGUGCAAUCACCUGGAGGAUCAAUGUUUGUAAACAGAUUUCUUGGUUUUGUAAUUUACUAACAUGUGUUGGCGAAUAUUGGGGUGAAAUUAUCAAUAAAUAAGUUGCCGCGCUAAUAAUCAAAUGUUGUCCUCGAAUAACAUGAAAAGAAUGGCAGAUACAUCAACAGCUGAGCAGUAUCAGGAAGCGAUGGCUAAGGUAACUCUGGUAGAACGAAAUCCUUGUCCUAAUGGGACCGCGAUCGUCAGCUUAUAUCGCAGUGGCCGCCGCGAGGCUGAGGACAUAGUCGAACUUGCCAAAGAAAUCCAAGCGUCGGACAUUCAAGUGAAAAACAACGCUUGCGCGAAGCUACUGGUCAUAGCCGAACAGGUCAGGUUUCUUCAGGAGCAGGCUCGCAAAAUUCUGGAGGAAACACAAUCUGCGCAGGAUUUACAUCAUGCGGCUUGUAACUUUAAGAAGAUUCCUGGAAAUAUUUACCAUCUAUACAAGAGGGAAUCGGGACAACGCUAUUUCAGUAUGCUUUCUCCGGCAGAGUGGGGAACGAGUGCCAUCAAUCAGAGCUACGUGGGAAGCUACCGACUCGAACAUGAUCUGUCUUGGACUGCUGUUGAGAAGAUACAGGAAGUCAGCAACAACCUCACGUGGGCAAAGAAUCUAGUGGAAUCCGCUGGUUCAAAACAGCUAGAUCUUUUGGCGAUAGAUAAAGUCACUGAAGAUUCGAUGGAGACGAGCUAGAACAGUUUCUAACCCAUUUGUAGACAAAGGUUCGAAAUAAAAUAUGUUGUUAAAAUUAA